AUUAGCAAUCAAAGGUCGGAACUUUUCGAGGGUUUUAGUAUCCGUCGCCGUCGAUUUGUUUGUCGGUCACCGGUAGGGUUUAAGGUGUGUCUCAUAUAAUCAAAUUACUCUUCUUCUUCUCCUCUAACCCAAUUCACUAGACAGACCUUGGAAGAUGAAAAGGAAGGGUACGAGUCCGAAGAAAUCUAAACCCUCGAAGAAGACGAAGAAGAACCCUAAAACCAAAACCCAUCAAGUUGAUGAUUCUCCGGUUGAGGUAAUAGUAGAAACCAAACCGUGUGACCAAACGGAAACGGUUACGGAGGUUAUUGCUGAAGAGCAUCAAUGGAAGAACCUUAAGCUUAUACUUUCGUUGCAGAACAAAGAAUUGAGCGAGCAAGAGAAGGUGGAAUUGGCUUACAGUUUUGUUAAAGGUUAUGGAGGAGAAGAUGGGAGUGACGAGGGUGAGGAGUGUCAAGCGGUUAAUAUAUCGCGGUCGGUUGUGUUUCUCAUCGACUGGAUCAUGUCACUGUUGAUUUCUAAAGAAAAGAAUCAUUCCCUGACGGGUGAGUUUGAUUCUCAACCAGAUUUGGACUUCAGGUGUUGGGAGAUCUUGAGCUUCUGCUUAAAGCAGUCAUCAAUCUUGGGGGUCUCUUUUAGUUUGCCAAGAAACCUUUUAAACGCUAUUAGGUUUUUCACGGAAAAUGUUUUAGCUGCAGUGAACAUGUCUUUGUAUUCGGAGGUCGAUUUCCGCAAUGGUGAUGGUUUUAAAGUUUACAGCUCUGUGGUUGAUUGUCUAGGCUUGUUGUUUUCAUCCAAAAGUGGUGGCAUGUCCAACGACAAUUUAGACUUGUGGAUUUCAACUGUUGAACCAGUUCUGAUGCUCACGCGUAAAGUUCUUGCAGAGAAUAUGAAGGAUAGUCUCGGUGAUAGGUAUUUUCUUCAGUUCUCUUGCUUGGUUCUUGAGCCAUUUUCUAAGUUCUUGAUGACUCAUCCAACUACUAAGAAGAACGGGUUUCGUGAUUUUCUGGACAAGCUUUUUGAGCCAUUCUUGGAUGUGUUGGGUCUAUUAAACCUCAGCGAGGACAAGCACGUUGAUAUGGAAACAACCUUGCUGAAGUUGAUUCAAGAAAUAUUAUCUCUGGCUUUAUUCCAUUCAGCUCAUAUUGAUGGGUUCUUAGGCCUGGGCGGAACGGAAAAUAUGGUGCAAAGCUAUCAUCGGCAUUUCUUUACAAAGUUCGAGAACAUGUUAUUUAUGAAGAAGGAGUUGGAGCUGAACUGUAUGGGUUCAUUGUUUAGGUUGUUUAUUAACAGAGUGAGAAAACAACAAGGAGAUUCAAAUCAGUUGCAGGAAGGCAUGACGACAACGGCCUCAACUUCCGGGCAAGCAGAAAGGCCAUGGAAGCUGCAAGACACACCUAGAAAUGAUAAUGAGUCUUCUGCAAAAAGUCAUUGCACAAGUUCCCUCCGCCUGGAGACACGGAAAUCACUUUUUGAUUUCUUCCUGCAUCUUAUGGGACCUAUAUUACUCAAGGUCGAUGAAUAUAAACAAUCUUUCUCUGAAAUGGCUCCUCUAUUGGCUGAUUUAUGUGGUGUUAUUAAAACAGCUAAUAGUUUGCUGUUCCACUUUGCUCAUGAGCGAAUAUAUGUGAAGACAGAGGAUGCAUCUGGAGGAGCUUGCUCUGUUUUUUUCAAGAAGAUCUUCGAAACAAUAGUUUCAGUUGCUUCUCAGUUAAAAAUUCAUUAUCCAUAUAAUGAUGCGUCAGAGAUGCAUGUUUUGUUAGCCAAGGAGCUAGUAACUGCAAUAGGCUACCUGUUACAAAUUGAAUACGAAGUCAUUGAGAGUGAUUUAGUUACUUUGUGGCUAAUCAUUCUCUCUUUCCUGGAGUUUAGUAGUUUUUCACCAGAGAAUUCAGAAGACGACUGCCCGUUGACGUCAUUGUUACUUGGUCUUGGAUGUCAGCUGAUAAAUCUAUAUAGUGACCUACGCCAGGUAAGUGUUGCUGUAGUUUCCCUGUGCAAAGCUGUAAGGCUUGUGAUACCUGUUGUAACACCUGCUGAUGGUGAUAAUGAUAAGAUGAUCGACGCUGGAGAGCUUCUUCUAGCAACUGUGUUCCCUUUAGAAAGAAGUGAAAAAUCAGUGGAAAAGCUCUUGUCAUCUCAAGAUUUAAGACUUGUUAUACAUAGAGCUAUUAAAGUGAUACCAGAAGGCCAAGCAAGUGGUUGUAUCACGAGCUUGGCAACAGAUUUAUCAGAAACCAUGAUGUGGAUAAAAGAAGUUUGUUGCUCAACAAGUGCUGGAGCACAAGAUGGACCAGUGGCAGCAUUCUUGGCCGUAUCUUUGUCUGAUAUAUAUUCAGUUAUUCUCGACUCACUAACUAUUACAACAGGUAAUAGUAUCCCUGUUGGCCAGUCCAUGAAAGAUCUGCUGGACCUCAUCAGUCCAUCCUUAACUCAUCUGGUUUCUUCAGACUCAGAUUGCAUUGAAAAUUUCUUUUCUGCUGUCACGGAAAUGCGUUUGGACUUUAUAAUGGCUAAAAGGAAGAGAGCGACCUACAGAAAGUCUGUGCGCUUGUUUAUUGUUUUUGUCUUGCGUAUUUACAUGUCUUCCAGAAGCUUAUAUAGGCAGGUGACUAGUCUUAUGCCUCCCAAAAAACAAAAAGAUAUGGCUGGUAUUAAGGGCGACUCUGUUGCAGCUCGUUGCGGAAGUGAUUGGAUAAAAGAGAAAAGCUGGAAUUAUGAGGGCUAUUUUUCAUUGAUCUCUCAACCUUCAGCUUCCAUUGUCAACAUCAUCAAACACAUUUCAGCUAAAUACCUGAAGGGUGACAGUGCAGAUUGCUGUUUGCUGAUAUAUUUAUUGUAUAGAGUCACUCUUCAGAGACUUGUUGAUUUGAACAGGCACAUCAAAUCACUUGAUUAUGUGUCACAGAUAAGUGAUAAUCAGAUACAUGGUACAAUGCUCAAGCAUGUAUCAGUUCUUAAGCGUGAAGGAGAAGAGCUUACUGAUUUCCUUUUGGGUAACAACAUCAUAUCAGGAUUUGCUGAUGUUGGAACUUUUGAAAUGUUAGAAGACACUGAUCAGUGGAUUCUCAGGUUUUCUGGCAUCAACCGAAAGUGUUUGCCUGCUUUGCGUUUGUGGGUUCUUAGCCAGCAUAUUGAUCUUUGGUGCCCCCAUGCAGGAAAAAAGAAAUUGAAGAAUUUUCUGUCUCAGCUAAUAGGUAGUUCUGUUCCGUCAGUAUUGAACGGAGUGGGUAUGUCUACCCCUGACUGGGAGAAUAAUGUAGACAACGGCACUCAAAAGAAGAAGAUACGGUUGGAACAGUUCUCGCUAAGACUUCUUUUUGAUUCAGUACUUUUUGAGCAUGAAUUUGUUCGCAGAUAUCUGGCGCCGAGUUUCUCUCACGUACUGAAAAUGACAGCAGAAGCUUUUUUUAUGGAUUUUACUGAAGAAGUUAACUUUGAUUCACCGUCAGAUUGGUCGGAGGUGUUAAUCCUGCUUGAAAAGGCAAUUGCCAAUUUACCGGGAAAGCUUCAAUCAGAAGCCUUUCUAGAAGCACAUGUGUCACAGGUGGACAAUCGGAAGUUCACAGCUUGUCAAAAUUUGCUAAAUCUUUUAUGUGGGAUGCCCAAGGAGUAUAUGAAUAAGAAAUCAUUCCAACUUCAUGCAAGUUAUGUUCUCGACCUUGAGAGGUUUAUAGUAUUUAGCAUGUUGAGAUGUUUGAACAAGCUGUCUCCGGGUGAUAUGCAAANUUGA